AGGGAGGCGGCGGCCAUCUUGGCGGCGGCGGCGGCGCGAUGAGCGGCUCGAAGGCGAGGGCGGCAGCGGCGGCGGCGGGGCCGGAAAAGAAGCCGCCGCCGGGGGCCGCGGGUCCGCUCAGCCGCCUGCGGGGAAGGCGCGGCUCGGGAGAUGCUGCCCCGCGGCCGCCAUGGACCGAGUCCGAGCUGCUGGCGCUGGAGACCGUGCGGCCCGAGCACGUCCUGGGGCUGUGCCGGGUGACGGAGAAUUAUUUAUGCAAACCUGAAGACAACAUUUACAACAUUGACUUCACCAGGUUUAAGAUCCGGGACCUUGAAACUGGAACAGUGUUGUUUGAAAUUGCAAAGCCAUCUGCUUCAGAGCAAGAUGAGGAGGAUGAAGAUGAGAGCAGUGAACUGGAUGCCAGCGCAGGCCGCUUUGUUCGUUACCAGUUCACCCCAGCGUUUCUUCGCCUUCGGACUGUUGGUGCAACAGUGGAAUUCACAGUGGGAGAAAAACCAGUGUCAAACUUCCGAAUGAUUGAGAGACAUUACUUCCGAGAUCGCUUGCUGAAGAACUUUGAUUUUGAUUUUGGCUUCUGCAUCCCCAGUAGCAGGAACACAUGUGAACACAUUUAUGAAUUCCCUCAGCUCUCAGAAGACCUUAUCCGGCUGAUGGUUGAAAACCCAUACGAGACCCGCUCAGACAGCUUUUACUUUGUGGACAACAAGUUGAUUAUGCACAACAAGGCCGACUAUGCUUACAAUGGAGGACAGUAAUUGUUCCAUGUCCACGGGAUGCUGUGAUGCUGUUACCCAUUCCAAAUGUCCAGGAGUGGACUGGAGUUGCUGUCUAGUGCAACAAGGCUUCUUGCCAAACCUUUUCUCCUUGUGUGAGGCUGAAAACAUGAAACGAAGACAACAGCUCAUGAAAGUAAAGGAAACCUCCCUGUAAUGUCAAACGAAGACAACAGCUCAUGAAAGGAAACCUCCCUGCAACCUCUAUAUGUCUGGCACUCAGUGUAUCCUGCCUCUCAAUCUCUGUUUCUGGUUACCUUCUGGUACUUGAGUUAGGUCAUGGAUCAGAGGCACUGUUACACAAUUCUUGUUACAGUCUUUCUAGUUAGGUUGCACUAUUAGUGCUUCUGAUGUUUCACAUGCUGGGUGAUUUACUCUUUCAAGAGGUCAGAUUGUUUGGGUAAACUAUUUCUUAACAGGAAAAUUUUACCCCUUCAAGUAGCCAGUGAUGCCUGAAGAGUAGAUCUUCUCUUCAGUUGGAUAGAUCAUCUCAUUAGUGCACAAUGGUUUAAUUUGUAGCAUGGCUGACAUUGCUUUUAGGUUGCAUCCCAAUUUCCAGUGGGAAAGGUAAAAUAAGAGACUAACUCAGCCUCUACAGUGCAGGAAUCUUCAUUCUGCCUCCAGGAGCCUGAGGUGCUCAUGAGAAUAGAUUAAUUUGUGUCUUGGCAGACACUUCACUAGAGAUAUGAGAUAGGACGGGAAAGGGGGACUUUAUCCAGGUUGGUAAUCAGGUCAGUUUAAUAGCAUUUCUGUCUGAACCCUUCUGUGCAAAUUGUGUUUGGAGCUCAGGGGUCAACCUUAGAGCUGAACUUAAUCUCACCUAUAUUUACCGUUUCUCCUGCUUCCCUUUGUAUAGGGAUUUUGGCUCUUGCUACAGAAUGUAUUGCUUUUUAGAUUGACAGCACGUUGUCAGUCUAGUUGAGGUGGAAGGGAGGUGUCAGUCUGGGGGGCUUAGAGGAAAAAGAGAGAAUGUGGAAAAUCACUUGAAAAAUGUGUAGGAAGCAGUGUUUCCUGAGCUUCAAUCUCUGUACUUUUAAACCUGAAUGAUCUGUCAGAGGUGCUGGUAGGAGAGAUGGUGGCAUUACCAUCUCAUUUGCUCUGUUUUGAUUGAUGUAUUAGCAGCUAAAAGCUGCUUGGGUCAGAUCUCAGUAUUGUGGAGUGGGAUUCUCACCAAGUGAGAAUUGACAUGGUUCUCUUUUUAGUUGUUUGAGUUCCCAUCCUUGCUCUGCCUGCUUAGCUGCUGAGUUGUGGUUUAGGAUUUUCUUCUGCCAAGGUAAUUACUGCCAGAGCAGAGGGUGUAUUUCACAGCUGUGUUUGGGAUCUGUCGGUAGGGAAUAGCAGUGGGGAGACCUGUGUCUUCCCAGCAGCCAUGCUGGGACCCAACUCCUGACCAUGCAAAAUCUCUGCUAACAAGACCUUUUUCUGUCUGUUUUGGUGCUCUCUAGACUGGCAUUUUCCCUGUCCUCUCAUUGGGCUGGUCAGUUGUGUCUCUUGUAUGAGGGUGUUUGGUUGUGUCUAGAGUAGAGGCAUUCACUAGUAUCAGUUCCAUUUGUUCCUUGAGAGAGUUGAAACCUAACUGCUGGGUGGAAACCAUUGGUUACCUGUUGUGUUAAGUAAGAUUCAGUGUAGUUUUAGGAGGAUCAAGUGGGAUGAACAUCACAGCCUGGAGCCUGUUAAUGCAUAGAAAGCAGUAGGAAACUACUGCCUUUACCUCACAGAUUAAUGAUGCUAGCUUUGGUGGAGAAGAUCAGGUGGCAUCAGGGUAAGCAGUAAGAGUGUGUGGGGUGGCAGCCAGGAAAGAAUCUCCAGCUCUUGGAAAGAUACUUAAUUAUGAUUAACCACAACAAAUGGAUGUGCUGGGUGGAGCACUAAUCCCAAGCAACCACAACAAAUGUCUUGGGAAUGCGGAGGGACAAGGCCUGCGUGGUGGAAAGAUGAACAGUUCUGCUACCAUCAGUCCCCUCCAGUACUUCCAAAGCCACUUAGGCAAUCUUUUAGUUAUUCCAGAAUUGGUUAAAGCCGCUUGUGAGGUGGAGCUUGAGAUGCCUCUUGCAGUGAUUGUCUUCAAAAGGCCUUGUACUAGUGAGGUAGGAAUGUUUGCUGGAAGCUGUUUGUGACAGAAACUGCUUGGAAGUGCGUAUCUCAUCCUGAAGUGUUCUGAGAUGCUCAAGAUAGUUUCUGACGAGCCUGUGCUAGUUAGUCCCUGGGAAAUUGUAGCAUAUUGAGCUGAAUUUGGAUGUAGUAUAAAUCCAGGUGCCUUUAAAUGUUACUUUUAUCACACUUUCUGUAUGAAGCAACCCCUUGCUUUUCUUGUGUGACGAUUUCCAUCUGUUUUCUGUGUCACUGCGUGACGGUUCUUAAAAGGAAGAUGACGGUUGCCAGAGUGAGCAGUAGGAGUGCGGGCAAAUCCCAACACGCGUGAGCUGCCUUUAGCGGUCGGGGCGCAGCGCCGGAGGAACCGGGUGUCGGUCGGGCUGUGGGUGCCACCUAGCUGCUGCUAACAGAACGCCACUGACAGCGGGAGAGCGCUCUGCCAAGUGUUUGAUGCUUUUAGGAACGUGGAUUUCUGCCUUUAGUCAUUGCCUCCCAGCAGUGAGGAGGAAAAAGCCUUGAAGCAGUUGCUUUUCCAUUGGUGAAUGUAUCGGCUAUUCAGCAAUAAGAUAAGGAAAACUGGAGGAAAAUGAGAUGUGCAGGCAGCAGCAGCACCCCUUAGUUUACGGCUGAAUUUGUUUGCCAAAUUGGAAGGUCUUUACUCCUACAAGAGAAGUAAAGGAGGGUAACCCAGCACUGGAAAAGUUGAUUGUAAUCCAAAAGGUCAGGGAUCUUUUAAGCUCUGGUCCCCACUUUGACUGCUUCCCUAAGGUAACUUUCCUCUUGGAUGCUUUCUAUAAAAUGUCUUCUGUUUGUGGCAGGGAUUGGUGUCUUUGGAAAGCACAUUUAACAGAGCAUCUUCCUUCUGGAUUGUGUGCUCUGAUGCCUUAGUGGUGGUCAAAGCUACUUAUGUCAGUGAGCUAGGAAGAAAUUCCAAAGGGAUUUCAUCCGUGUCAGGUGGAUGGUCUGUCCUAAGCCAGGUUCUGUAGGCAGAGGAGGUGUUUUCAGCGUGAGCUGAAGUUUGAGCAAGAGAAAAGGUACCUGUGCAGACAGCUUCUCUUGGGUUGUGUGCUGAGUUGGAAAGAGAAGAGCUUUGGGACCAUACUGUGUUCUGUCCUAACAAAAAAGGGACCAAACCCACAAACUCAUGCUAAAUCUUUUCAGUAUUUGUCCUUUUAGUAUUGGAUCUCUGUUUUCCAUUCUUGAGGCGAGUGCUUUGGAUCCAUGCAAGCAGACUUCCUGGACAGCUAUUCUCAUGAUUGACUGAGGAGUACAUCUUGCACCUUGCGAAGGAAGGUCAUCUCUUGUAUGGACUGGGUACUGCUGUCCUCUGGUUUUGGUAGGAAAAGCCUUCCUUUGUGCGUUCCUUGGGAUUUUCAAUGUUCCCUGCUGCAGAGAAGCAGCAGCCUCCUCUGUGGUGCUUGAGGAUGUUUAUUCCACUUCUCUGAGGGCUUGGGAGUAAUAAAGCAAGUGUUUAGAAGUUGGAGAUGACUGAGGAAGGUGGUGGUGGUGACUUCCCAUGUUUGGACCAUUCUUCUGCUUCUCAGCUCUGUUCCAUUCCAUCCCCUUCAGCUGUUUCCUAGCGUUUGUCUUCAGCCCUGCUGUCCUCUCACAUUGUGCUACCCAACCUUGUGCUACUCCUUGGACUCAGACACUGCCAUCUCCCUUUUGGCUUCACAACAAGGACAAAGCCAAGGGCCAUGCUGCCUGCUGGAGCCAUCGCCUCUUCCUCUGCAGCAAAGGACGAAACGAACACCAGCAAACCCCGUCUCUGUCUGGAUCUCAGUGCUGUUACAGGACACCUAUUUGUAUCUCACAGUGUGGCCUUUGGGCUGCUGGCGCGUCGACCUCCUCCGUGCUGUGCCCCUCUUGUGGCCCUUCCCGGGCGGGGGCGGCGGUGCCGGUGCGGGGCCGUGCUGGCCGAGCCCCUCAGGGUGACAUGUAUUUGUAUAAAGGUUAUUUUGUCACGGUAAUAAAGAAACCUCCGGUUUCGCA